AUGUCCACGAACGACGACAAAGAUGCAGCAAAAGAAGAAAGGAGACAAAGGCGAAAGCGCAGAUGGGGUGAUGCCUCUAGCACGGCCGUUCCUCCAACCGCACAGCAGGUCCUGUCAGCACCAGCAACUGGAACAACGGUAGCGACAGCAGGAAGGAAUUCCAAAACUGUGAUUGAUAGUAAAGCCAAAGCGUUAGCGUUGCAAGCAAGUAUCAAGGCGCGAUUAGACGCUCUUAAAGCCAAAACGGGCAAUGCAUCCGGUGUGAAACGGCCACUUCCAACCCCAUCAUCCGCGACCGCAAAGCCUCCAGCAGCGCCCGAGUCAUCAAAAGCUAAUACAAGUGCUGAAUCAAGUAGAAAACGAGCUAAGCAUUAUGAAUUGGAUUUGAAUGUCACAGGACCAACCUUUCGCAACAAGCCUGCGCCUCCGAAACCCAAAACAAACCCAUAUUUGGCCCACACUCUGGAAAAGGAGGACGAAAACGACCAAGAAGAAGGAGUCAGCAAGGCAGAAGAUGCUUUCGUCGAUGAACGCUUGACCUUCAAAAAGGAAAGGCGACGGCAUAAGGAGCUCAAUUUUGUCGAGCCCGGAACGUUUGUGGAGAUUGCUGAACGCAAACGACUGAAGGCAGCAAAUGCUCAGCAGUCCGGGUUUGUCAGUGGGCGAAAGGCUGGUAUAUACGUCCAACCCAGUAACAUGGCCAAUAUCUAUGGGUCGACUGAGGUAAUCGAUGAUGAUGACCGCUUGGUCGGUACGAGGGCGGAGGCCAAUGAGAAGACAAUAAUGCCACUGGUCGUCGAAUGGUGGGAUCAAGAGUUACUCCCCGCGAAUCUAAAGAACGCAGUACGCAGCUGGGAAGCAAAGGAACUCUCGAAGGCAGCGCAAUCGCAAUUACAACAACUAGAUUCGAAAAGUGGUCGGACCAAAGUAGACUUGGAUACACCAGAAGUUCAAGAGUUACGAAGCAAGUGCUUUGAUCAAGCCAUGCUUUCGUACUGCAAAACAGCCGCAUUGGUUCAGCACAUUGUCCCUGUGAAGCCGAAAAAUGCCAACGAUGGACCAAAAGUGCAACCCACACUCUUCUUGACAAAGAAGGAGCGCAAGCGACAACGAAAGCUUCGUCGCCAAGAGAAACAACGAGAGUUGCAAGAUAUGCAGGCUGCUGGUCUCGUUCCGCCACCAGAACCACGCUUGACACUCAAGAACUUUAUCCGGGUGUUGGGAGAUCAAGCCUACGUGGAUCCAUCUCAGAUGGAACAAAAGGUGAUGCAACAGGUGCAAGCAAGACAGAGGGCGCACUUGGAGCGCAACGAAGCCAACAAAUUGACCAAAGAACAGCGAUCGGCCAAACUCGCCCGCAAAUACCAAGAGGAUACUUCAGGAGGCCUUCAUGUGGCUCUAUUCUACGUCAAAGACAUGUCGCACCCAUACCAUCGAGCCAAGGUAGACUUGAAUGCGCAACAAUUCAAUAUCACAGGAGGAGUUGUGGAAUGCGAAGUUCCACAACUUUCUUGUAUCAUUUGCGAAGGCGGCCCGAAGGCAAUAAAGCGAUACACUCGACUCAUGCUCGUGCGAAUGAAAUGGAAGGGUCCCGACAACGAUGAUCUGGAUUAUGAUGACGAAGAAGAGGAGGAUGAAGAAGGAGUGAAACGACACACUUUCAAUCCCAACAACAAGUGCGAAUUGGUAUGGACAGGAAUGGCAACGAAGCGAUUCUUCAAGGGAUUUGUUUUCCAAGGUUGCGAAAGCUCCAUGGAGGCAUCCAAAAUUUUGCGUGCCAAAGGAGUAGGUCACUUCUGGGACCAAAUACUGACCCAUGCGAGUGGUCGAGGAGAGAGCUUUCAGUUGAAACUCGCUGAUGGGGAUGAUAGUGACGACGAUGAUAAUCGAAAUGGAAGUGUGAGCGGCGUAGAUCAAUUGAUGCAAUCGGAAGACGUAGAGAUGACUAAUACCUAA